AUGUUGAUCACCAGCUGCCUCACAUCUCCCAAGUUCUUCACGGGCUCAUCCAGCCCUGCACCUUCAAAAGAUCUGAAGGUUGAUGAGAAGAUUAACAGGGAUUACAGUUACAAGAAGGCUUUUAUGCCUCGGCGAGAGUUGCUUUAUCAAGAAAUCACUCAUUCCAUGCCACCUGAAAAAAUUAGCAUCUUUAAAUCCCUAGACGACUGGGCUAAGGACAACAUCUUAACUCACUUGAAACCUGUUGAAAAGUGCUGGCAACCUCAAGAUUUUCUGCCUGAUCCAGCGGCUUCCCGAGAUGACGGUUUUCAUGAGCAAGUCAAGGAACUGAGGGAGAGGGCAAAGGAGGUUCCAGAUGAUUUCUUUGUUGUUUUGGUGGGAAAUAUGAUCACUGAGGACGCCCUUCCCACUUACCAAACAAUGCUCAACACUUUGGAUGGAGUUGCAGAUGAAACAGGUUCAAGCCCUACUUCUUGGGCAGUCUGGACCAGGGCCUGGACUGCUGAAGAGAAAAGGCAUGGUGACCUUCUUAAUAAGUAUCUCUAUCUCACCGGACGAGUCGACAUGUCCCAAAUUGAGAAGACCAUUCAGUAUUUGAUUACUUUUGGAAUGGAUCCCGGGGGAGAGAACAAUCCCUACUUGGGGUUCAUAUUCACUUCAUUCCAGGAAAGGGCUACCGCUAUCUCUCAUGGGAACACUGCCAAACUUGCCAAGAAGCAUGGGGACUUGAAGUUGGCACAAAUAUGCGGCAUAAUAGCCUCAGAUGAGAAGCGCCAUGAGGCUGCCUACACCAAGAUUGUGACCAAGCUCUUUGAGUUGGAUCCUGAUUAUACUGUCAUUUCUUUAGCUCACAUGAUGAGGAAGAAAAUCACCAUGCCAGCUCACUUGAUGUAUGAUGGCCGUGAUGACCACCUUUUUCAACACUUUUCCAGUGUUGCGCAGCAGUUAGGUGUCUAUACCGCCAAUGACUAUGCCGAUAUAUUGGAGUCGUUGCUUGCCACGUGGAAGGUAGAAACCCUUGUCGGACUUUCACCUGAAGGCCGAAAGGCUCAAGAGUUUGUUUGUGGGUUGCCACCGAGAAUAAGAAAGCUAGAGGAAAGAGCUCAAGCAAGGACCAAGCAACCACCCAUGUCCGUACCUUUCAGUUGGAUUUUUGGUAGACAAGUGAGGCUUUUGUGA